GUCACGUACUUUACUCUCGAUCACCUCCCCUUCGCAGUGUUCACUUCUGCUCCAACCUAAAGAGGAAGAGGGUCCCGUUUACUGUGCUCGGCUUGUUUACAUUCCUUCCCAUCACAUUAAACCAAUUUCUUCAGAAGUCGCUUGUUUAAAAGCAGAAAGGAUGUCGUUGUACCCAUCGCUAGAAGACCUUAAAGUGGACAAGGUCAUGAGGGCACAAUCCCAGUUUGCUGAUGCCACCUCCAGCACUCCAGCCAUCACUCAGGGUGCUUACCAGCCACAGCCUGCUACACAGGGGAUGCCAAGCUCAACUUUGUACCCCAAUCUGGAGGAGCUGGGAGACUACAUGGGACUCAGUCUGAACAGCGAUGAGGUCCAGAGAAACCUUGCACUGGUCCCAGUGGCUACUCAAGUGGCAGUGCCAAGCUCAGUGGGUGGCAUGGUGCGGCCCGUGACUGGGGCAGACAUGGGCAUCAGGAGGGCAGAGAUUCGCCCUGGUCUACGCGAGGUCAUUCUCUGCAAAGACCAGGAGGGAAAGGUCGGCCUGCGGCUCAGAGAUAUCGAUAAUGGAGUGUUUGUGCAGCUGGUCCAGGCCAACUCUCCAGCGGCAUUGGCUGGUCUGCGUUUUGGAGAUCAGGUUCUGCAGAUUAAUGGGCAGAACGUUGCUGGCUGGAAUUCAGAUAAGUCCCAUAAAGCUCUGAAGGCAGCAGCAGAACAGCGCAUUGAGCUCAUCGUUCGAGACAGACCAUUCCAGCGCACAAUCACCAUGCACAAGGAUAGCUCCGGCCAUGUGGGCUUUAUCUUCAAAUCUGGGCGCAUCACAUCUCUAGUGAAGGACGGUUCUGCUGCUCGCAACGGCCUGCUGACCGAACAUUACAUCUGUGAGAUCAACGGGCAAAACGUUAUUGGACUCAAGGACACUCAGAUUAAGGACAUCUUGACCACAUCUCCCACUGCCAUGACCAUCACCAUCAUGCCUAAAUUCAUCUUUGAACACAUGAUCAAGAAGAUGUCAGGCGGCCUGCUGAAGUCCUCAAUGGAUCACUCUGUGCCUGAGGUCUAAACACAGGAGACCACGCAAAAACCCCCUUCCCACAAUGCCUACAAUCUCUAGCCUUCCCACUGGAGCCUUCAGCACAGGGCUAGCCUAUCACUGAUUGGAUAAGACCUCCUCAAUCACAUUCAUUUAGAACAUGGGAAAAAACAAACGGGCCUUUUUCUAUUUCACUUGUUGGCCGUUAUCGUUCUGCCUUCUAGUUCUUGAUUCUGUCCUUCCAUGUCAUCGUGCCAUUGUUUAAUUACUGUCAUAUUACAUGUUAUAUAAUAAUAAUCCAUCGCCAUUCUUGAAAUAUUAGCAUUAUUAUAUGAUUAUUUUACUUUAGCUGGGAGGCAGGGGGCUAAAAAACAGAAUCUGAGCUUCCUUUCUGAAAGGCUUCAACACUUCUAACUUGUCUAUUCCUCCCACUAUGCACAAACACUUUGUGUUUUUUUUUAUUCAUAUUUUUUUAACUUGUAUAUGCCAAGACAGCUGUACUCUGCCAGAAAGGAUCCUGGGCCAGAAUUUAUAAUACAACUCAUUUCUUAUUGAUUCACGAUGUUUUUUUUUUAGAUGUUUAAUCUUUGAUAAUAUUCUAUUAUUAUCCUGUAAAUGUUAGUGUCUCUAAACUUUAUAUACGAAUGUAACCUGAAGACUGAAAUUAUUGCAAAAAUAAAUCAUCCUGGUGAUACCAUUGGAA